AUGGCCACCUCCAACCUCGAGGGAAAGUUCGACUUGCAAGUGUCGCGGUUCAAUGUGAUCAAAUCAAUGGCAAAGGCCGCCCGGGAAGGCGCCUAUGAAGACUAUUGCCUCUCCGCUUUAAUUCAGAAGGAGGAAUUCCUUGACGGCUACCUCGCAAAAUUCGAGACGCUUCACGAGCGGCUUUGUGAAGCGAAGGUUGAGGGCCUCACGGACUACCCCUACUUUAAGGAGCAGACAUAUGUGGCCGCCGUCGAAGCCUACGCCGCCGCCAAGUCCAUCAUCACCACCUUACGGGAAAAACGGGAGGAGAGUUCCCCUCAUAAAGCGGAUUGCCUCGGCCGGAGCUCCCUCAUGCUCUCCUCAGGAGGGGCGCGGCGCUCCCUCCCAAAGAUCCAGCUGCCGACGUUUUCGGGAAGUUACAAGGAAUGGCGGCCCUACUCGGAUCUCUUCUCGUCGAUGGUGGGUGAGUGCCCGGACAUCGACCCGGUGGAGAAGAUGUAUUACCUCAAGGCCAGCCUCUCCGGAGAAGCGGCGGGCCUCGUGGCCAAUAUCCCAGUGAGCAGUGAGGCCUUCUCCCGCGCCUGGGCGACCCUCACGCGGCGAUACGAGAAUCCGAGGCUCCUCAUCUCGGCACAGGUGGACCGGCUGGUCAACAGCACCCCUCUCCCUCCUCGCUCGUCGCAGGCUCUGAACGGUCUCCUCUCCGAGGUUAUGGAGUCCUUGGAGGCCCUCAAGGGUCUCGCCGUUCCCCUCGAAAAUUGGGACGUGAUUCUGGUUCACCUCGUUGUGCGCCGCCUGGAUACCAUUACCCGCGAGGCUUGGGAAAACCACCUCGGCCACUAG